AGAAGUUCUGUUGACGCCGGCACCAGCCUAAUAAGCACAUGUUCAUGGAUAUGUUUUCCUCGUUCUGCCGCACCGUGCCAUUAGCUGCAGAUUUCUAGAUAGGCCAAUAUGAUGUAGUACCCGAUGGCUGAGUUUGUGUGCCCCAAUCGUAAGACUGUCUUUGAAAGUUCGGCUUUCACCCAUAAACAUUCAAGACAUGUCUCUUGUGUCAAAGACCACUAUUUUAAUCAUGCAGUAGAGAUUUGUUUUCCUUGCUGUGACUUGCUACCGCAUGCUAUUCAGACUUCAAGUCCAGAUCUUCAGGAUUACUUGGUCAUCAAACAACUCCCUCUGGCAGAGCUAACUAAUGCCAAUUUCAUUGAAAAAUUUGUAAAAACAGGUAGACUCUAUAUUCUCUCCACUGGUCAAAACAUUGACACGCACAAUGUGGUCGCUAUUCUACCCACAGACCAAGACCAAAGUCUGGAUUUGCUGUCCUCAUUUUGGAGCAACAAGUAUGAAUGUCGUAGAGCUCGUCAAAGACAUGACCACUUCCAGAUGAGGAAUCAAUGUGUUCCAGUGAUUGACAGUUCCCGUCUCUUCCCUCACCAAUACAAACCAACUCAAGAUCCUUCACUGACAAAUGGGAGUAGUCAGGGUGAUUCAGCCGAUGAAGUGAGGUCAUGUGACGCUUCAGAGGUUUAUGAGUGGCUGGGGGCUGUCGCUUGUCAGUGCAACUGCACAGGAACGUCUGAUGACUUUGUCAACACCUACCAGUGCCCAGAGCCAUCGCAAGUAUCUAGUGCUGUCUACCAUAGAUGGAGUGGUUUGAUAACUUCGGAGACAAUUCUGCAUAUGCUAGAUGUACUCAGACUUGAAGUUCAGUGCAGACAUGUGCCUUGGGCAGCCUUGACCGUACAUGGGUUUGCUGAUUCCCCUGUGUCCUGGGUAAACAGAGAGCAUGGCUUUCAUAAGUACGGCAACAAUCUCUACACGUUUGUUAUCUUUCCCAAGGAGCAAAGAUACUGGCUGGUAAUUGGCAUUGGUGAUCAUGAUGUAUGCCCAUGAUGUUGUACACACCUAGUUACCAAUGUAAGAAUUUAAGAAUGUUUUCUAUCAACUAUUAUGUGUCAAAAGUAUGUCCAAAUUCCUGCUGCUGGUUUGGAAACACAGAAGUGGUACUAGUUUAUAUUUUUUAGUCCAAGCGGCUUUCUGGUAAUGUUGCUCAUACUUUAGUGUAUCUACAGUCUAAGGAGCUAAAUGAUGAACUCUAGAUCGAUUCUGAUGGAAAGUAAAAGUUACAGUGUCCAUUCUUAAGACAUUGUGCUUGUUUUCAAUUACACAGCAGAUAGCCAGUGAAGCACACAGUCUUGCAGUUGAGUCUACCACAAGUCAUCCUGUCUCGUGUCAAAUCAUGAGUAUUUAGAAUUAACAGCAACUAAGACUUUUUAUGAUUUAGGAUCAAUGUAUUGAACAGUGUACCCUGGCAAUCUUCUGAUGAGAACCAUACUCUUUGUAAAAGAAAUUAUUUCUAAAUGGUGUCCCCACAAACCUUACGAUUACAUCUCCACCACAAAAAGCUUCAAAGCUCAUUUAGCUUACUUGUACACAUAUAAUGUGCUCAUAUAAUGUAAAGGCUAGAGUGUAAAUGUACAACAGAGAAAUAUCCCUCUGUGAGGGCGCUCUUGAAUGUUGAAAAAUAUGAGGUUGUGGUAAAAACUGUCAUGCAAAUAUGGUUCAGAUAGUUCUUUAAAAUUAAUAUUUGUCAUGUUUGGUUGUAUAACAGGAGUUGGCAGCAAUAUAUUUUGCCUUUUUUGAAAGUCAAAACCUUGGGCUGAAAAUAAAUUCAACAAAUGGCAUGGCCCGGUAUUUUAUUGGGAAGAAAAAGUAAAGUUCCUUCCAAGCUGUUGGUGGUGCUUUUGGUAUUGAGACAAAUUUAAAGCAUUUCAUUGCAUUUCUGACUUCCCUAACUGAUGCACUGUUUUGACAGGGGAACGUUCACAGUUUUAACAAUGUUUAUAGGGCUAUUUUCAGUAUCUACUCCUAGUUUUCAUGAACUGCUGAAGUUUCUUCACUUAAUUGUCUUAUUUUGUUUGUGUGUUUGUUUUUCCUUUGUGUGAGUCUCAUUUGUCUCUGAGAUUCUUCUUGUGAAGUUUAUCUCCUUCAUGAUGUAAAUCACAAAGGCCAACCAAACUCUUCCGUGGCGUUUGAAAUUAAGCCAAAGGUUUAAUUUUUCCAGAUUAUUCUGCAGUAAGUAAUGGAAGACGUAUUUCACAUCUUGCCUAGUAUUAGGUGAAGAAUUAAAGUAACAGCCGCAAGGAAAGCA